GCAUGUUGUUAAAGAAGAUAAUUUAUCAUCUUGUGUUCCUGUUGUUGAUUGUUAUGUAGUUACAUACGUUUUCAUCAAAUACAUUUUGCUAAACAUUUUAUUCAAAAAUUAUCAAUUAAAAACUUCACCAAAUAAUGUCAGACUCUGAUCAGGAUCCAGUUGAGGUAAUGCUAAAGAAAACUGGCUGCAUUGAAUUACAUUACAAAGUACAAGAGUGUAUUGCGGAAACCGGUGAUUGGCGCAGUUGUCAGGAUAAGGUGAAAGAAUUCAAGGACUGUAUGCAAAAGUAUGUUGAUGCCCAGAGCAAAAAAUACGCCCAUAUUAAGUAAACUAACAAAUUAAGACAAAACAGCAAUUAUAAUUUACUUAAAACCCAAACACAAGAUGACGAAAUUAUUACAAUCUGCUUUGAAAAUGGUCAAAUCUUUACCCUGUCCUCCCACUAAGCUAGCGCUAAUAGUCCGUGCC